AUGGCUGACAAGCCCCAAAAGCUGUUCAAGGUGUCCGAGGUUUCUCUGAAUAUGAGCCUCUGCGGUCUCGCAGUCAUUCUGUUGUGUGUCCUGGCGGUGACAUCAGCCCAGAGAAGGCACGGAGGGUUCCCUGGUGGAUUUCCUGGAGGCUUCACCACACCUCCACCCGCCACCUGUAGGCGCUGGUGCGAAACUCCAGAGAGGGGUUUUUACUGUUGUGAGCCGGUGUAUAAACCCGAGAGGCCCGUGGGCACCAAGCCACUUGACUGCCCACGAGUCCGUGACACCUGCCCACCGGUACGUACUCUUCAGGAGCGAGGACCAGUACCUUGUUCUAGCGACUUCAGGUGCGGCGGCUUUGACAAGUGCUGCUUCGACAGGUGUCUGGGACGACACGUGUGCAAGCCACCUUCCUUCGGCUGAAAAGUAA